AUGGCAGUUCCCCGCGUCAAAUUCCUCUUCAUCUCCUUCUUCUUUUUCCUCCUUUCAUUGGCUUAUUGGGACGGAGUUGUCCCACCGGAUUCCCAACCGACGCCAUCAGUGCUCCGCCUCAAUGCGGACCUGCAGUGGGAGGUAGCCGUAGAGCCCCUUCACCGUGACGUGGACAACAUUACGACCCCCAACCACCAUGGGGUAGGGCCGGGCCUCCCAUUUGCCACCGCCCUUGUUAGCGACCUUGGGCUGGUGACUGUCGGCCUUGUCCCGGCUGCCUACAGUGGCUCGACCAUUGGCCAGUGGCAGCGCGGCCAGUGGCUCUACAGCCGCCUCCUGGAGCGGGCUGCGGCAGCGACGGCCUUUGGGAGCCCCAUCACGGCAUUGCUGUGGUUCCAGGGAGAGAGCGACACGGUGAAGAACCAGAAGGCCAAGUUCGGAGCUCAGACACUCGACUUCUUCAACAACCUACGAGCCGACUUGUGCAUACCCGACCUCCCUAUCAUUCAGGUGGCUAUCACGUCCCCCAUUCCUGGGAUGAGCAACGCGUCCGAUGUAGAUAUCGUGCGCAAGAUUCAGUUUGGGCUGCAGCUGCCGAACCUGAAGACAGUGGAUAGCAUGGGCUUGGCGAUUGGGCCGGACGACGUACACCUGACCACGGCGGCUCAAGUCCUGCUGGGACGGAUGCUCAAGGAGGCUUACCUGCUGUGA